GGGUGAUUUCCAACCAGUCACUCUAUUUUAGCCUUACCUUCACCAUUAAGUUGUCAUUAUGAGGAUGAGGUUGGGGAAAGAAGUAUCCAUGUAUGGAGGCUGCUCUGAGCCCUUUGGAAGGAUGACAUCAUUAAUGCCAAGCCAAAACAGUAAGAGAAAAAUAUUUGAAGAAACUUGAAUACUUUUGUUAAUUUUGAAUCAUUUGAGGACUUUAGGAUUUUUGAGAUGUCCCUUCCAACUCUACAAUUCUAUGACACUACUUAGGCCUUUGCUUCUAUUAGGCUAAGACCCCUCAUACUCGUAACCUAGACAGCCCAAAAACCUGCUUUAUGGAGACGGAUAUGCAAGACAGUCUCCCUGGACAGCUUUGGGGUUUCUCCUCCCUUAAGAUAUAGGCUUGGUGGUCUGUGGUGACAGUUAACAGAACAGGGAGUCAGGUGGGCCAGCAGCGAUCAUGAUCUGUGAUAACUCCUUUCAGUCGUUGUCGCCCACCGUAUUCUUUCUCUUUUUUUAAUCAACAGAAAGAAGGGAAAUGAAAAUGAAAAUUUACCCACCACAGGAUAUGAUGAAUACGACAGAAACUGACCCAGGGCAACUCAUACUAAGAACAUUCCAGAACCAGGCCUGGGCAAAUGAGACAGUUGGCAUGGCCUUUCUAGAAAAUCCAUUCACAAGGAAGCGUUUUUAUUUUCGUAGAUUCAGGCUCUCCCUGAAUGCAUCAGCAGGAAAUGCGGAAACCAGUUUAUUUCCCCCAAGGUAAGCUGAUUUGCAUGCCAGAAUAGUAAGACUGGCACGGCGUGUUCAGAUUCUACAGCAACUUUCCCUCCAAUAGCUGAAAGGCAGGGAGAAACUUGGCAAGCGCUGCUUUUUCCCACCACUGAAGUGCUGUGAUCUUCCACACCUGGGAAACCUCUCCCUGCCAGCCUCAGACUUCUUGGAAGAAUGCAAAUGUUACAUAAGCACCAUAAGCACUAGGCAGGCCUCAGGUUUAUGGGGGCUACUUUGGUUUUGAGUAGACUCCCAAGGCCUAUGAACCAGAACCAGGUCCCAUCAAGUAUCUGGGGAGAGAAGCAAAGAUAAAACAGGAGUUCUGAGCGCAGAGUCAAGUAGCUUCUGCAUCCCAUGAGCCUUUCACUCAAUGACUUGUGUAACAUACUCCUUGCUCAGGGCCAGUCGGCCCAUAAGGCAGGUGAGGCGACUGCCUUGGGGCAGCAGAUCCAACCUCCAAGGAACACAUUGCCUGCUGCUGCUGUUGUGGUGGUGCCAGCAACAGCUGCAGCUGCUCCUUGGCUCCUCUGAAGCCGCCAUUUGCUGCCUCCAUAGCAGCCUCUUGGCGAGGAGGAGCCUCAUUGGCCUCUUUCCACCUGGUUCCCCAUCUUGAUCCUUAUCCAACUCCUCCCCCCCCCCGCCCCAGUUCCUGAUGUAGAUCUUCCCAGCAGGGUGGGAGACGCCAUUUUGUGGUUUGCCUAAGGUGCCAACAUGUCUUGGACUGCUCCCGUUCUCACUUUCCUAUUUUCCAGCUACAAGUGCCACUGCUAAGUGUACGCAAAACUGUAGCACCUAUGCGGAAGAGACUGGUGUUACGUUUUGCUUAGGGAAAUCCCUGGGGUUUGCAGAAGCACAAUGAAUCCUUUUUUUCGGGGGAGGGACUCCGAAAACAGUUCGAAUAGGACUGAGCAUGCCAGUGGCGGCAGAAUGCUGGUUGAUGGAUUGAUUGGGAAACCAGGGGAGGGGGAUGGAAUGGCUGGAAUCCCCAACAUGACAUGCUACAACAUUUUGUUGCAGUUCCCACUUGCAUAAGUAUAAAGAAUCUACCUUGGAGUUAUUACAGAUCAGGGUUUCAGUUGUUGCUAUUGUUUACAUCAGGCAUGGCCAAACUGUUUUGGGACUACAAUUCCCAUCAUCCCUGACCACUGGUCCUGUUAGCUAGGGAUGAUGGGAGUUGUGGUCCCAAAACAUCUGGAGGACCAAGUUUGGCCAUGCCUGGUUUACAUAGUUUGGAGUAAGAAACCCUUGCUGGUCUGCUUUACGUUAUCCAGCCAUCUAUCUCCUGCCUACAAUUACUGUACAGGUUGCUACAUGACACUGUGCUACAAAGAUCUUGGGAGACAGGGAAAGAGCCCUGUGACAUGGUGACAGCCUUUUCAAGGCUGAAACAAGAAAGAUGGCCUUGCUAAUCCCCAAGAGACCAAUGGAGCUGGGAGGGGAGAGUGGUUAAGAUAAAAAGGCCAUGAGGAAGACCAAAGCUGUAGACACACAUUGCCUAAACACAGGGCGGGGUGUGUGUGUGUGUGUGCACGCGUGUGAGGAAGCAGAUAGUAGGAAUAAAUGGGCGAGAUAGAAACAGUCCUAUCUUUUUAACCCUCAUAUGCUGCAAGGAACAGAUAAGGGUAUCCUGAGAACGUAUCUCCAAAUAUGGAAAUUAUACAACUGGGGAGCCACGAUCAAGAAGGCCCUACCACAAAUCACUAUGGGGUGUGCUGAGGUUAAGGACAGUAGUAACGGCAGGGUCUUCCCCCACAGAUGUUAAGAGCAUGGGCUGGCACAUAAGGGGAGAGGUGCUCCUUCAAGUAUCCAGGUCACAAGGGAUUAGUGAGAUGGGGUUAUUUUGGCAUUUCCCUUUGCGUGGCGCAUGGGCAUUUGGACAGGAAAAUUCUAGAACCGGCUGACAUAAUAAAGGCUAACACAUUGCCUGGUCCAGAUCAUAUCUACCUAUUAGUUCUUGGAGAACUCAAAUAUGAAACUGCAGUGCUCUUCAGAUUAUGCUGUACUGAGACAGAGGCUCAAAGAACUUGUGUACUGCAUUCACACAACAAAGCUUUUCUUUAUAUUACUGUAGCUCCUCACAUUCCCCUGAAAACCCUGUUCCUGACACAUAGGAGAUUCUUUGAAACAGCAUGCAGUGCAGCUGGGUGGUGAAACCGACACUCCUCCAUGAGAGAGCGUAUGUGUCUUCUGCUCAUUUAAAAGGCACUUGGUAUCCAAGCAUUUAUUAUUACCGAAAGGAAAGCUGCUUGAAGACUCAGGUUUUACUGUAUUUUUCGCUCUAUAAGAUACACCAGACCACAAGACACACCUAGUUUUUGGAGGAGGAAAACAAGAAAAAAAUUAUUCUGAAUCUCAGAAGCCAGAACAGCAAGAGGGAUCGCUGCGCAGUGAAAGCAGCAAUCUCUCUUGCUGUUCUGGCUUCUGGGAUAGCUGUGCAGCCUGCAUUCGCUCCAUAAGAUGCACACACAUUUCCCCUUACUUUUUAGGAGGGAAAAAGUGAGUCUUAUAGAGCAAAAAAUACGGUAAUUUGCGACUUUUUUAUAAUGUCUUACUGAUGUUUUAUUAUCAAUAGAGAUUACCAAAUGAUAAAAAAUAACAACAUGAGUAGGAGAUGCUUUAGCAAAUAGAUAAACAUCAAGAAAAAUUGUUAUGAAGAGUGUCCAAAUACAGUAAAGGACAAAAAAAAAUUUUUUUUAAAAAUUGCAGAAGUGUCAGAGAACCAGGUUUUACUCAAGGGUGGCUCAUAUCACCCCACAGAAAACAGCAGUGACAAGGCACAGCAGGUAGCUGUUAAAAGCAGGUCCUCAUAAUAUCUUCUGACAAGUAAAUGUUUUCCUUUGCUUCUAAUCAUGAGAAGGCAACCACGCAACGUGCAGUUUACACUGUGUGACAAAAACUCAUUAGCAGAGGGAGAAGUUUCCUGCAACGUGGUACCACAGUGAUUGAAGUCUUGAAACAAUGCGUCUGACACGCUAAACUCAAUCUAUGGACAUGCUCUAAAUGCUUACCUAAACACCUAAAAUUCAAGAUGGUUAUUUUCAGAAGGAAAAACACCUAGGUAGCCUUUCCACGUGACCAGAAAAUAAAAUGUUUGUAUUGGUAAUGCCAAGUUAGUACCAGGCUACAAUUGACAGUCUUGUGUCGUCCGUCCCCCCCACCUUCUCCUUUAAAAACAAUCACAGCUAGAUAAUUAAAAACAGGGUUUAUAAAUGAAACUAACAGGAGACCCUUGACUGCAGCUGCAAUGUCACUGACUGCUAAAAACAGACAGACACACCCCAUUAUCAGUUUACUAAUUAGUUGCUGUGUAGGAGGCUUUAAAAAUAUUACAUAAUUACAAAUAACCACCACAUUGUUUCAAGAACCUUUAUACAUCUUUUAAUUAGAUUAGCUUUACAAGCAACUUGAGAGCUCUUUCAGUAAUGAACACUGCUUUUCAAAAGUUACAUGACUUUAUAAGAAAUCUGCAAAUUAAUUCUGAAUUUCUUUGCCUGCUAGAUAAGUCUUGUGUUUUACAGCUGGCUAAUGUCAUGAAAUAAAAAUAGCAUUAUGAAGCUUUAUCUUUAACCAGGACUAAACACAUAUACAGGCCAUAAGACAGUUUAAAAAUAGUCUGAAACAGGUUCCUGCUUGGUAACGCCCAAGGCUGAAGAUUUAACUGACAUGAACAGCUUCUAAAUGGACAUUAGAAGACCCAGAUUGGUGACCUUUUGUAAAAUAACCAACUGAGAGAUUUAAGCACAUUUUAAAUCUUCCCAACAAGCACAAAUGUAAGAUGUUGAUACUUUGAAUAGAGGGACAAACAAACAAAAAAUGUAAAGGCUUAUUAUGUUGUCCAUGUCUAACACAUUUAACAUAAUACAAAAGCAGUUAAAAGUUAGAAAUGGUGUUUCUUAGGCCUAAAACAGUGCAUUGCACUGCAGACCAGACAGUAGAGAAAAUUUGCACUCCUUGGUCAGGCUUGCAGAGGCACUUACAGUAGACAUGUUUUCUUCGGAUUUACCAGGAUUAAGAGAAAAACCAAACUGUUAAAAGUUUUGACAGCUAAUCGUUUUAAAGGGGGUGGGGGAAACAAAAAAAACCCCAAAGACUUUUGCCAGAUGUUCCCUUAGUAUGCUAUCACAAUACUGAAUUUCCCACCUUUUGUCAGUUGUCACUAAACGUAAUCCUUUUUUUCAUGUUUUACAUGAAUAGUAAGCUUUUUUUUUAAUAAAAAUUACUGAGCUUUCCAUAGAAAAGGUCUCUAAUACAAGUACAAACUAUACAGAUGCUGAAAUAGGCAAAGUUGUACAUACAGAAAUAUUUCUGUACACUCACAUUGUUUUGGUUAAGUGAGGGAAUCAAGGGAUAAAAUAUGGAGCCUUUAAAUGGGGAGGCUCGUGUUUGUAAGGCUGCUAGAACUCAGAAGCUUCCCUCCAAGGGGUUACUUUUGAGCACAAACCAAUCCCUUCAAAAUAAAACAUUUCAAAAUAUCUGGUUGCAUUAAUUUUAUUCUCUAUUGCUUCCUCACUUAAAAGUAAUUUAGUUUUUCCUUGUCAAAAACAUUUUCGUAUUGAUCAGAGGCCAAUGUUAUUUUGGGGAGAAAAAUUCUCAGCAGUAGGAAAAUAUUUACAUAUUAAGCCUGCAGUGAUGCACUUCAGUCUUAAUGCAUUAAAUAUACCCCUUGAUAGUAUAUAAGGGGAUCAAGGGACCCAACUGCAAAUGAGGAUACUACUGCUUUGGGGGGAAAUCUCUGAAGUUUCAUGACCUUACCAAAAAACGUAGCAGAAAGUAAGCUUUUGAAAACAAGUCAAGAUUGAGAUCUCCCAUUAAAGUAGUAGAAAGGACGUUGGUGCACCUAAAAGCCUAGGAAAGCCCUUAUGUUCUAGGGAUUUGAUACUUAUGGGCAGAGUCCACCUGGCACUUCAUCUGCACAAGCCCCACUGGAAAAAGCAGGAGCUGCACAUGUGUACUGCUGUGUUCUUGAAUGACUUUCAUUCACAUUGAAUGGCUCUCAUAGAUGAAGUUCCCAGCGGAACUGCAGCCACAGUUCUCAACAUGAAAAAGACAGUACGGAUAACGUCAAGUCCACUUAGUGCUAGCCAGUCACUUAGAAAACCCAAAUGACACAGAUACAGAAAGCUUGCUCUCUGGAUACAACAUAUAAAACCACAAAUUUAAGGAAGUAAUUGACAGCAAGAUAGGCAUCUGUUUCAGUUUUUUUUAAAAAAAAGUUUCAGAGAACACAAACACAAUACAGCAGCAAUCUUUAAAAAAAAUUCAAAUUAGUGUAAGAUAUGAAAAUAAAACAAUUGGGUUCUUAAAUGGGAAUUAAAGUGCUCCUUUUCAGACAUAAGUGUAAAGACAGAGUGAUCAUCAGUUACUGGCAAUUCUUAUUUAAAUUAGGUUUUACAUGGUAGGAGAACAGUGUGAACAGCAAAUUUACAAAAAUAGUUAAAUGCCAUUUUGGAGAAAAAUGUUUGCUUUGCUCGAUGUUGAUCAGCUGUACCUGGUUAUACAAAAAUUAUUUAAAAUUCAAAACUUUUACCACAUUUUUUUUAAAAAGGGGGGGAUGAUAAAUAGCAUUGAACUGGAUGAUUGAAUGGCAAAAUAUGAAGGAUGGAAAACUUCUAUGUAGGGCACUUCAUGUGUAAGCUGUUUUUUUCUCAAUGCUUAUCGUCACAUAAGCAGUUAACAGGACUAGAGUCACAAUCAUGUAGUACAAUGCAUAAGCUAUUAGAAAUCCAUUUGAUGAAACACUGAAACCCAUAAUUCAUUUGUUUAUUCCAAACGUUGAUUUGGCGUUGAUUUUCCUUUAUCUCAUUAUUCACAUUCAAAAGUUAAUAGACAGCGCCUAGGACUGUUGUGGGGAGGGGGAGAUGGACCAGGACAUAGCACAGGGAAUUACUAGAUCAAAGGCUUUAUAGAAGGUCUUUCCCAUUUGAAUCAGGAGGCUUGUUAAGUUCAGUCUCCACACCUUUUUCACCUGUAAGACAAAGGGGGAGUUAUUAAAAAAACACAGAAAUACUAUACCAUUACAAGUUAGAUAUGUAAGGUGGCCAAUCACACUCUCUUGCGCAUGCGCGCGCGCACACACACACAGGCCACACCAUCUCCCUAACUCACACGCUCCACAUAUACACAACUACACAUGUGUGCAUCUCUCACUCACGCAUACAUACCUUCCUGCCUCUCGCACACACACAAACACAUACCACACAGAGCUCUCUCCCUCUCUGGCCACGUGCACCUCUCCCUCAGCCCACAGACCUCAUGUAUAGAUUUUCUUCUCUCACACAUGCACACAAGCAACAUAUAGAUCAAUCACCCCCAUAUAUCUCUCCCUCACUCUCACAAAUCAUACAUACAGCUCUCAAUUUCAUGCAUACAUGUACUACUGGAGCACACACACCCCCUCCCCGCCUCAGUUCAGAGAAGCACCUCUUUGGAGCACAACAGUAUACCCAAAGCAAAACUACAAGGCUCCUGGAAGUAUGGCAAAAUCUGCCCCAAUGGACGCUCAACCUUUCUGGUGCCAGUCAAAUUGAUCUGAAGGUAAAGGUAAAGGACCCCUGACAGUAAAAGCGAAUAACUCUGGGGUUGCGGCGCUCAUCUCGCUUUACUGGCCGAGGGAGCCAACGUUUGUCCGCAGACAGUUUUUCUGGGUCAUGUGGCCAGCAUGACUAAGCAGCUUCUGGCAAAACCAGAGCAGUGCAUGGAAACGCCAUUUAGCUUCCUGUUUAUCUACUUACCUAUUUAUCUACUUGCACUUUGAUGUGCUUUUGAACUGCUAGGUUGGCAGGAGCUGGGACUGAGCAAUGGGAGCUCACCCCGUCGCGGGGAUUUGAACCGCCAACCUUCAGAUCAGCAAGCCCUAGGCUCAGUGGUUUAGACCUCAGUGUCACCCGCAUCCCUCAAAUUGAUUUAGGAGAAUGCAACACUCUAUUAAGCUUCUCAAAUAUAUACACCUUUCCUUUCUCCACGUUUUUACAUGACAAAAAUCCAACAGAUCUGUUCUUCAGUUCAUUUGUUCUAGAUUUUAAUUCAACACAAUCUUAAACACAACCUCAGACUGUAUCAUUUGUGCAUCCAAUUCAAAUAAUAAGGGAAUGUUUAAAGACAGUAAUAGUGUUUGCUGCACAUUCAUGGAAAUCCAUUCCCCUAAUGCAUCAAAUGUUUUAAUAAUUUUCUAGAAGCUUUCUUGGUUGGGGUGACUUAACCUUAUGAUUAAGCAGGACUGAAAUAUUUUCUUCAGUGUGCAUAAUAUUUCGGUUGGGUAUUUUUCCCCUGUGUGGCCUUUUAAACUCAUUACUAGCUCUGAGCCACUAUGGGUGGGGCAAGAAAUAAGAUGAAAUUAAGGCUCUUUCCAUUUCAAGAUACUCAAGAUAGUGGUACCUCGGGUUACAGACAUUUCAGGUUACAGAUGCUUCAGGUUACAGACUCCACUAACCCAGAAAUAGUACCUCGGGUUAAGAACUUUGCUUCAGGAUGAGAACAGAAAUUGUGUGGUGGCAGUAGGAGGCCCCAUUAGCUAAAGUGGUACCUCAGGUUAAGAACAGUUUGAGGUUAAGAACAGACCUCCAGAACAAACAGACCUCCAGAACAAAUUAAGUUCUUAACCCUAGGUACCACUGUAUAGGUCUUACUGAAGUUCAUUAUUAAUUACAGCUAUAAUAUCACUGUACAGUAAUGCCUUCGCGAACGUCUGCCUUGUCUAGCGUCCAUUCCAGCAAACCCGGAAGUACUGGAUUGGGUUACAUCCGGGUUUGCCGCUCGCGCAUGCGUAGAAGUGCUAAAUUGUGCUUCGCGCAUGCGCAGAAGUGCAAACCACUCUGUGUGCAUGCACAGACACGGCACUUUGCCCUGCGUCCUUUUCCGCUAGUGGCCGGGGCUCCGGAACAGAUCCCAGCCACAAAACGAGGUACAAUUGUACUCAGAAGCUGCUGUUGUCAGUUACUUUUACAGCUACGCACACUAAAAUACAGCUGAUUUUAGAGAGAACACAAACAUAAAAAACAGGGAAAUCAAUUACCUGUUAAGUAUUUUACUUUAGCACGGGCUCUUUCAUCUGCAUCAAAAUACCACACUGUUAUUGCGUACCUUUAAAAGAUAAAAAGAAUGAAAUAGUAACACACUAUAUUAAAAAACAACACAUUUUAACACCCUCUUAGAUCCCUCCAAUUACAUGACAGAACCGUAUACCUGAGCCACCUAAACAGCAGUGUAUACUGUCAACUUAUUCUGUGUAUUUGUAACGUCAUAAUUUUCAGAACUUAAUACAAUCUGUAACUUACUACUUUGAGCUGAAAAUUCUAAUUUCCGAAACAACUCAAUUCUUGGCAGACUACUGGCUCAGGCAAUUCAUAUUAACCACAGGAGAAAGGAUCUUUACCAAGCAAGCAAGCCUCAUUGAAUUGUAGAUUGGGUGUUAAGCUUAGCAGAGGGAGCCCUAUUGGUUGUUCCACCACCCUUAGAAGCUCUGGCCCAGCAGAGGGCAUUCUCUGUGGAAGCCCUUAAGUGGUGGAACUCCUUUCCCACAGAGGUGCAUCUGGCAUAUUAAUUAUACAGUUUGUGGUGAAUGCUGAAGACACACCUCUUUACCCUGGCCUUUGACACCAGAUUAGUAUUUUUAGGACCCACCUUAUUUCUGUGAUUGUUAAGUUGCUUUAAACUGCUUUGAAUUGUGUUUUUAAGUGUUGUAACCUGCCCUGGGACCUUAGGGAGAAGGGCAGGUAAAUAAUAGCACUAAUAAUAAAUUGGUGGCACUGACAAGUAGGAAACAUCCAACUCUAAUCAUCUUCAGCUUUAUUGGAAAAAAAUGGUCCUUCAGACUUUACCCAACUAAACAGAUGUCUCCUUCCGAUGAAAAGCAAAUUGAUUCUUAAGAAAACAACAGGGCCCCUGCAGGAUCAGAGCAAAGGUUCAUCUGGGCCAGAGUUCACACUGGCCAACCAGAUGCCUAUGAAAGGCCCAAAAGCAGGACAUGAGUGCAAUAGCAUUCCGAUGCUUGUGAUCCCCAGCAACGUUCCUUGAUUUUAGAUAGCUUCCUUGUUUUAUAACUUUAAGGUUGCAAUCCUAUACAAACUUGCCAGCAAGUACUAAAUUUUACUGAACUCAAUGGGACUUCCAAGUAAGCAUGCCUAGAAUCAGACUGUAACUCAAAGCUGUUGCUUAAAAAACAAACCAACAAGAAUAUAUACUUCUAAUAUAUUUUAUACCAGCAAACUCUCCUUCAAUUUUCACAACGUAUGAAGAAGUAGGAAGUAAGAAAUGAAGUCUGCAACCCUAAGAGCAUAGGUCUAGCACUUGAGAGAAGCUCCUGACAGAUUAGGUCAGAAAGGACAGUCUAAGAAACUUGGAGGUUUCGCUUUAUCUACCUGCUCUUUCCCUUGGAGACACAUCAAACUAAGUUGCAUCUCUACACCUCCAAGAACUGCCCCCUUUCACUUCAACAGAAUGUUAAUUACAAGGUUUAUAAAUUUAACAUUUGUACAGCACCAAAAAACUGAACUCCAUUCACUCAGGAAACAAACAUCUAAUCUAAUGCAGUGAUAAAUUUUGCAGUGUAUGUACGUAAAGCCUUAUUUCAAGAGACAUUUACAAAAUUAUUUAUUCUACUGAUACUCAGAUGUACAUGCACUUGUUUAAAAGCCUAAUCUCCAUAUUUAUUAAUACACAAACACCACCUUUACUCUAAGCAGCUCAAGGUGACAUACAUGGAUCAGGCUGGCUCAAGGUCACCAAAUGAGCUUCAAGGCCAAGUAAAGAUUUGAAGCCUGGUUUCCCAACUUUCUAACUACUACUUUCUAACUGUUGACUCUUAUAAACACAGCUAUUUUUAUCCCUUUUUUAGUCUUCCCAAAUAAUAGCUCUCACACACCUGUUAACAAUUCAUGACUGGCCUCAGUGAUCAACUCCUAUGCCUUCAUCUGCUUUAUAUGACACGUAAAUUCAAUUUUUUUUUAACCUGAGAAACAAACUGACAUGUCUACUCCCCAUAUAUAGGCCUUCAGCCUAAAUGUACUGCGGUCCAAAAAAUAUCGGGGAGAAAAAACCCGACAACUUAUAACAAUGCAUGACACCAUUGAUAAAACAAUGACUUUUUUUUCCAUUUAACUAACCUGCUAUAAAUCAUGACAAACCUGAGCUUUUGUUGAUCCAUAACUAAUGGUAACGUAGCAUGCCACUAAUCAAUGCAAGUUAAAACUCUCAAAAUUUGUCAAGCAUAAGUCAUACAUUCUGAUAACUGAGGCUCCAUUUGUACUAGUCACUUUCCUGGGACAGAUGAAUCCAAUUUUUGUAGAUUUCCAAUUCCUUCUCAUUUCUGUCCUAAACUUACUAAAGUCUGCCGGUAUAUAUUCAUUCAUCUUACCUUGUAGCAAAUGCAGGCUGCACUUCAUGAGGGUUGCGGCGGUCAGACCAGAAAAACAGCAAUCUAUCAAACUUAGGUUCAAUGUCAGCAAACUGGGCUUUGCCUUCAGGAAAUAUUCGAAGAAUACCUCCACUUACCUUAAAAGACAUAAACAGUGCUUCACAAUCAAAGAUGCUAUCAGCAAUUUCAAUGUACCAAUAGCACCUACAUAUAGCUUCCUUUUAACUCAACUAUUUCUAGAAUAAUUAAAGCAGACAGUAAGAUUUCCUUCUCACAGUGAUCCAAAUAAAAGUAAGUUGCACUAAUGAAACUCUUUUUUUAUGUUCAUAAGUUGGCUCUAUAAAAUGAACUAGCACAGACUGAAAAAUCAUUCGAACAAUCAAAAUGUCUCAGAUUUUUGUAACAUACAUUAAUGAAUGUGUUUUAGUGUAUAUUUAGAUAAUCAAUAUUAAUAAAACGGAACUUUUGCAAAACCAAAAAUUACUGUUUUAUGAGAAACAAAAUCUCUGUGCUGAUAUUGUUAACUGCAUACAAAUUCUGAAUGAGUGGUCCACAGAAUGAAUAUAAACAGCACCUUUAAAAAUAUUGAAUAAUGUAGGAACUCCUCCACUGGGUUAAAUUAAAGACCCCAUCUAGUCCAGUAUCCUGUUUUCACAGGAAGUAGAACCAGGGUACAACAAGCACUCUCCCUGGAUUUCUGACAAGCAACUAGCUUAGCUGAGUUUCAAUUGGGGCAAUUACCAGCCACUAGUCUAACCAAUUUCUAUACUUUGCCCAACAUUCUCAUAGUUCCUUGAAGUUAAAUAUGAACAAUGAGGAGUCAGCACCACAACAAAUGGCUAUCAAAUUCCUGAAGGAGGAAAUAAAUUCUAGUCUUUCUCCAAAAACGACCAGGGAGAUCAGUGAAUAUAUGAUCUAUAAUUUAUUUUCAACAUAGCAAAUAAAUAUAUUCUUAACAAAGUUGAAAGCGUCUCAUAACCUUAGUAUUAAAGAAGGCAAUUCCUCACAUUUACACAUGAACUAGAAGAGUUGUUUCACGUUUAACAUUAGCAUCAAAGCUACACAGAAGUUUACUGCCAUAAAAAUAAUAAGCAGGAUCCAAAGAGCUACUUGAGGUGCAUUUAAAAUUUUCAGCAUGCCUAGUGUGAUUUUUGACAGUUUUCUUAGGAAAGUAUGUUUUUAGAUCCUAGCUGGAGUGGAAGGGAGACCAAACACUAGGUGAGGUGCCCUGGAUAUAGGAUCGGAUACAACUUCAAAGCAUAUGUUUACUAGGUGUACAAGAUAUUGCUUUAAAAGGCAAACAUGUAAAAAAACCCUCUCUAAAAUAGAAUUACCUUGGCAUCCCAGUCUUUAUUAAGGUAAUAUAUACAUGUGACACAUCUUCCAUCUCCAUUUGGAUUAUCAACAUGGCGCACAUAUCCUGUUCCAUUGCCUGGAUAACAAGCCACCAUUGCCUGUAAUAAAAAUGGAACAAAACUAGCAUAAGAACAGAUUGUUGGCUACAAUAGUAUGCUUCUUUCAAGCCAAACUUUAGGGAGAGGACUUUGAGGGUGCCAUGAAAGGCCUCUCUGAGAACAUGCACCUGCAAGAACCACAUUCACAACUCCUGCUUUAUGCAAUUAAACCUCAUGUCAUGCCUAAUGAUUAGAAUUCCAAAGCCCUGGGAAGGGGAAGCACCAAGUAGGAAGCUCUAGAAUGGGUCAGCAAGGUUUACCUCGCCUGGGCCGGUUCACUCCAGCGGAGAUCCGUCCAUGGGCUCCAUGAGCAUGUGAUUUCCAGUGUCUGCAUCUGCACAGACACGAUUUCCGGCACCACGGAAGUGAGUCCCUGCGUUGCGCUGGUUUAGCACAGCGUGCGGGGACUCGCCGAGUGGGCGGCUCAGUUCGGAGGCGGCUUGGGGGCCAGUUAAACGACCCCCGUGGGCCGCUUGUGGCCCAUGGGCCUUAGGUUGCAGACCCCUGCUCUAGAAAGUGGUUAUAAAUUAGCAACCCAUUCCUCAUUCAUUUAAAACUGGCAGGCUGAUUCCACUACCCGUUUAUUUAGAGGGGGAAGGUGCUGGAAUACCUCACCCUUUGAAAAUCCAGAGACCAUAAAGGAAAACACGUUUUACACACUUCUGUUGUUUUUGUUUUCUGUUAUGUCCCAAAUACACAAAAGUCAUUGUAGAGAUAAACCUGGAGAUAAGUGCACCUUCUUACCGUUUCAGAAAUGGUUGACCAUCAUGUUUACUAUAAUACAAGAUCAAAUGAACAGUCAACAAAGCUAUUUCCUAGGGGUCAGUAAAUAUCUUGCUUUACAGUCAUGUAGAAUGCUUGUAGCCCUGUUAGAUUUAAGUAAUUUUGCUGUAGUUAAUACACUGUUGCAUACAAAACACUAGCCCUUUUCUACUGUAUUCCCCCCCCCAUGUCCAAUUCUUUGUGAUAAGAAUUAAAUAUCCCACUAGAUUUAAAAUAGGUGGGGUGAAUUAUGAAAUACUUUUAUUUCCACUCUUUUUUGCUAGCUAUAACAAAACAAGCUGAAAAGGUUAAAGGUUAAUAACAAGGAAACAGCUUGAAAGUAGAUGGACAAGAAUUCACUACAUGCUAAAGAGGAAGUGCUGGAAUGAGCAGCUGCUACAAAAAGACUAUUUAAAAAAAUCUAGAAGAGACAGGUGAUUAUAGGAGCAAGCACAGGAUGUAUUAAACUCAAAUCCAAAGGAAACUAGUACAAUAGUAAUUGAAGAAUACACCGCAAGAUGUAAACUAGAAGAGCUUGCCUGACUUUCAAAACUAGACCCAUACCUUAAAUAAUAUUAUUUUAAUAAUCAAUAUCUGGGAGUAAAAACAAGAGACCAAGCAAUUUUAGCAGGUUAAGAUGCACUACUAUCGUAUUUUGCUCACUGCAAAUAUAAAUGUGAUGUGAAUUUAGAAUAUCAGAACACAAAUAUAAACUUAUUUUAAAGAUACUAACUUUAAGGCAGGAAUUCUAUACACAUGUACUUGGAAAGAAGUCCUAGUGAAACCAAGAGGGCUUACUCCAAGUAAACCUGCAGACCACAGGAGACACUUAAUAAAAUUUUAGCCUUGCUUAACAUCCUGUUGGAUAUAAGUCCAUAGACUCUGGCCCUGAUAAAAUUAUCAAAUCCUCAAGUUUCAUUGACGGCAUCAUUACAAGCAAGACACAUGAUUGGGACUACCAAAGGAUUUUUCAACUAAAUUAUCAACUGAAUUUCCCACCACCCAGCUUCAUUGGAUGACCUUGGUUCUAGUGUUAUGAGAGAAACUUCUCUAUCCACUUUCUCAACACUACAAAAAUGCAUCUUUUGGAGAUAAGGCAAGAAGAACUGCAUGGUUUUUCCAAGUGUGAUCCCAAUACAGAUUUCUGUAAAGGCCCCAGUAAAACUGGCAAAUGUUAUUUUCAGUCUUGCCUAUAAUGAUCCUUAGCCCAGAAUCUAUAGGUCAGAGCUUUUCAAACUUUUCAUGCUGGUGACACCCUUUUUAGACAUGCAUCAUUUCACGACACAGUAAUUCAGUUUUACUAGCAAGCCGGAGGUUAAACUAUCCCCUUUCCAGUCCCGGGAGAGGUGCAGGGAGUGUUCGCGCAACACACCUACACUCUGCAGCUGACACACUAACGUGUCGCGACACAGUUUGGAAAGCUCUGCAAAUCCACUGCCCUCUUCACCACAACCCCUAUCUCUCUUUCUCAGUUAAAGCUAGCUCAUAUCAGGGUAAGCAGGAAUACCCAGCGCCAGUCCAGAGGUGGAACACUGUCUGCAGUGAAAUUCUCUGCCCCCGCAUGCUUCUUACUGCCUGGGCUGAGUGCUCCUGAGCUCCUUCGUGGUUCCUCAACCUGCAAGAGCCUGCUUACUUGUCUCUCUGAUUCUCAGGAACUGAACAGUAAGUCAGCAGGCUGCUACACCCUUCUCUCCCCAACGUGCUGCAAGCCUAGCCAUCACAGAUGCACUGCUGAAUAAACAAACAAGAUGUUAUACAGACCUUUAGCUCAAAAGUGAAGAAACAGUGCUUCAAUUCAAGUAAGCACAACUGAAGCCUUUAACACCCACCUAGAGAGGCUGGCUGAGAGGGAGAGGCAUUCUCUACAAUGGUGUCCUCUCCCUUUUCCUUCCUCCAACAGGCAGGCUCUUUAUCUUUUGUAAUAUUGUACAAUGGUUUUUGCCUUCAGGUAGGCUCCUAGUCCAAUCUCUGUCCAAUGCUUCCCAGGCACAGGGCCUGAACAAAUCCAAAAUACAGAUAUCAUUCCAAAUAUUGGUUUUAUUAUAUGAGCUCAUUCUAAUUCAAUCUGGUUCCACUGGAUGCAGUAAGUUUACCCAUAUUCUGAACCCCUCUUUUUUUUAGAUCUUUUCAGUGUUUAUUUGUUGAUUUAUUGUGUAAUUGUGAGCUUUUGAAAUUUUAAAAAAUUAAUAUAUAUAAACAUUUUAAAAACUUUGUACGAAACCAAAGACUCUUCAGAUGGUGUUCCUGUUUGGGGGAGGAAACUCUUCAAAUAUUCUUUCCUCUUUUAGUUCUGUUUUUUUUAAUUAUUCUUAUUCUGGUUCAGUUUGAUUUCCUGCUAUCAAGCUGAUUCAUUGACAUUUCUACAGAAGACUUAAGAAGCAAUCCUAUGGAUGCUAAGACUGCAAUUCUAUAAAUGUUCACCUGGCAAUAAAAACCCCUGAACUCACUUCUGAGUUCACACUUUUACAAGCCUCAUUGAACUCUGUUGGACCUGCUUUCAAUAAAUGUGCCUAGGAUAGGGCUAUUAGUAUACUUGAUGACCCUAAAACAUUCUAGAUGACAUAGAGUAACUAAACACAAUUUAAAGCAGGUAUUAGAGUAUCUGUCGGAAGCUGAACAGGCAAAAGGGUUUAGUGAGAAGGAAGAAGCUGGGGCAGAAAGCAGUCCUGAUGUAGAGGCUGGAGGUGGGGGGCAGGAGACAGGGGUGAGACAGGCUGCUGAAGAAUCCAGGGAGUCUCCCUCUCCUGCAGUGACCAGCUUCCUGCACCUGGUCAACCAGAACAUGCAGAGAAAUGAAAAGAGCAGAGAUUAGGUGUGCACAAACACAAUCUUCAAUUGCUUGGGAAAAACCCUGCAGAGGAGGGGACUUCGGCAGCUGUGGAAAAGUGGGGACCUUCAGUCUUUGCAGCUGCCUCCAUGGGGCAAGACCUACUGAGAAGAGUAGCUGAGAUCACUAGGCUUUCACUGUUUUUGGUUUCUUUGAAUAAGGAGUUAACUUCACUGACACCAGUGUUUUUUAUUGCUGACCUACACCUGACUCCGGCUCCUGAUCUAUGCAAACCUUAAACUGUAGUCCAAUUUAACCAUGGUUUGCUGAAACAAAUCAGCUUCAUAAACCAUGGUUUGUAGCUGGCAUUUCUCAACACAGAAUUGUUAGGAUAAAUCAUACUUUCUAGUCUUGUCUGGACCUAUCAAACAGCAGUUAAUAGAAAAUGGAAGUGAAAGCUUCCAGUCUCCUCCAUGCAACCAUGCAAGAGAAGUGGAGGGGGGUAAGAAAGCAAGGCAUCUCAUUCCUGUCAUGAUAAACCAUUAUGAUGCCCAAACUGGCUUAUACUGUUCACAUGCUCCUAAUGUGUCAAAAUUAGUUUGCUUUUAAAAUUUGAGAAACACAUUUAUAGAGCAGACUAUUAUCUGAUAAUUCACGCUUUCCCCGGUCUUUGACUUUCAGCUGCUUAUAAAAUUGGGAUUUUCAAUUUGCACAACUGAAUAAAAUACUAUAUACAAAAGUAUUCCACUUCCUUUAAAAUCCACAUUUUGUACCACACACCCUUUAUGUCAAAAUAAGCAGGUUUCCUUCCCUGUAGAGAACAGCUACAAGGCCUUUUCCUGUCAGACACUGAACAAGCAUAGUAGUGGCUUAAACAAUAUGACAUUUCACCAGCUGUGUGAGGCUAAGACAGUAAACUUACUUCAUGAAUUUUCUGCAAAACAAUUGCACUUUCUAUUCAAUAUUACAAGUUAAUAAUUAUUUUCAGUAAUAUUAUGAAUUGUAAAGCCCUUGCCAUUGUUUCUGUGAUUUAAAUUGUGUGACUUUUUAUUAUUAUCAACCAAUUUGCAAGGAAGAUUGACUCAAAGAAUAUUGUGACAUAAAAAUAAAAGGACUCAAGACUUAAUAAAACCUGUGUUAGAUGCAUAAAUAGUUGUCUUCAUGCUUCUAGGACCCUUGCAGUUCUGAUAGCAGGUAUCACCCCUGGUUCACAGAAGACACCUGCUGCAGCAGAAGUGGCUUAAGGCCCUCACCAAAUACAGAAUUAAGCCCAUUUUAAGAACUUUGUUGCCAUGGCAAGGGAGUGGGAGAGAAAGCAAGACUCUUUUUAUCAGCCUGCCUGGCUCAACUGACAUCUAGAGCCUUCACUCUUAGACUCCAUCAACGGCAAGCCACUCUGUAUGGGACAGUGAGAGACAAAGUGGCCCUGGUUUUUCUUUUCUUUUUCUCCCUAUUUGGGUCUCUCUUUCUGUGAACACCAUAAUACUGUGUUAUACUUUGCUUACUUUGGGAUAUGUUGCAUUAACAAAUGCAGAAAGGGCCUAUAGAAAUUUAAAUAGGAAACCCUCUUUAAAUAUUUCCAGAAACCCUCCCCCCCGUAUGGCUUCUAAUUAUUGGUUAACAUGCAGGAUAGCACCUCUCUUGCCCCAGAGACUAUAUUUUUGACAGCUUUAAAAAUAGGGCAAGUACUAAUUAAGCUCUCCUACGAACUGUGGCAUUGGAAGACAGAGAACACAAUGUUCUGGAUUCUAUCCAACAGUGGGAAUCAAAAUACUCAUACUUUCCUCUCCUCUCCCUUGAUUUACUCCUUCAGGAAGAGGAAGUCUUAUUUGUGGUCAUUACAAAUCAAAUUAAUAGCAGUGUUUUCAAAUAGUAGAGCUUUUUCAGACUUUCAAUAUAUUCUAAAUUCCCUCAAAAAUACUAGGAAGGGUUUAAAAACUAGACUUCAAGUAUAACAAAAAAAGCCUAAGAUUUGAAAAAUCCAUGCUGCAUUAAAAGGGGUAUGAAGGAUUAGCCUCUACGCUAACAAAUACAGAAGAUUUUUAAAAAUGAGAACAUUGAUUAAGAAGUGCUCUAUUUUCUGCCAAAAUCUGUGUCAACUGGACGCAAGUCAGUCUUUGGAUGAGAGAAGAUGUGCUCAGUGUUUGCCUCCAUAGAGAAUGUUUCGGAUGAUAACCAACAUUUUGUGAUUGGACUUCCACUUGUGCAAUGAGACCUGCUCUUCCUCCCCCAGCUGUCCCCCCUCAACAGCCCAAUUUGUUCAAGCGUUUUCUGAACCUAUGGCGCAGAUUUUGGAAGCACCGGGGGCUGCAGGGGUGAGGUGAGAAAAAGAAGGCCCUUGCAUGAGUGGAAACCCUUAGCACACAGGAGUGGAUGAUAAUCUAGGAGAGAAGAACAAGACAGAGUGAACAAGACAGUUGAAAAGCCAAAACAGUUUGGUAUAUAGUACAGUAAAAAUCCUUUGUUAAACUGCUUCCUUAUUUGGGAUCAUGAACAGGCACCUGUUGGUACAACACAGCUCCUUCUUCCCUCCAUGACCCCUGUGCUCUGGGGCAGAUUUUGGGGGUGCAUAAAGGAGGGGAGAAAGAGGAGAAAACGGAAGACCUGUUGUGCAAAAAGAAUUUCCUUGUGCAAGAAGGGAGACAUUCCUGGAUGUCACCCAUUCUGAUUACUUUGGGGGUGAUUCUCGCUAACCCUCAAUUACAUUUCAAUCCCUCUCACAAACAUAAGUUUUAUUUUCCAUGAGAAGCACAAAGGUGACAUGGAAGAAAAAUACAGUGUCAAGGGCAAGGCAAUGUAUAAAGUAAAACAACUGAUUUCCUUGUGCCCAUGGAAGGGCUUUUGAUCCAGCAGAUACAUCAACUAACAGAAGAGUGGAGGCAAUUAUUGCUGAUUUCCUUUCCCCCUGCAGCACCUACUUCCAACUGUUCUCCCUACUCUAGUUGGGGGUGGGGGUGGGGGCAGGGCACUGACAGUGUAAGGCAGGGGUCAGCAAACCUUUUCAGCAGGGGGCCGGUCCAGCGUACCUCAGACCUUGUGGUGGGCCGGACUAUAUUUUGGAAAAAAAAGAUGAACCAAUUCCUAUGCCCCACAAAUAACCCAGAGAUGCAUUUGAAAUAAAAGCACACAUUCUACUCAUGUAAAAACACUAGGCAGGCCCCACAAACAACCCAGAGAAGCAUUUUAAAUAAAAGCACACAUUCUACUCAUGUAAAAACAUGCUGAUUGUCAGACCAUCCACGGGCCAGAUUUAAAAGGCAAUUGGGCUGGAUCCAGCCCCCUGGCCUUGGUUUGCCUACCCAUGGUGUAAGGGAAAGAACCAGCAAAAAUAGUGCCCCCUCCUCCUCCUUUAGCAGAUGCCUCCACUAAAUCAAAAGCACUUCGUGAACUCAAGGAUAUGCACAUAUAGUUUAUAAGGUCCUGAAAAUUAACAUCUGCUUAGCAUUGUAGACCGAUCUGUGCUCUGAGAUUACCUAUGAUCUCUGCAUAAUAAAGCUGCUCGUUCUUUACUACAGUGGUGCCCCGCAAGACGAAUGCCUCGCAAGACGGAAAACUCGCUAGACGAAAGAGUUUUCCGUUUUGGAGGUGCCUCGCAAAACGAAUCUGCUAUGGGCUUGCUUCGCAAGACGAAAAUGUCUUGCGAGUUCCUGGGUUUUUUUUUCCUUUCCCCCCUCUUUUUCUAAGUCGCUAAGCCGCUUAUCUGCUUAUCCGAUAAGCUGAUAAGCUGCUAAAAGCCGCUAAUAGCGCUAAUAGCGCUAAUCCGUCAAUGGGCUUGCUUCGCAAGACGAAAAAACCGCUAGACGAAGAGACUCCCAGAACGGAUUCUUUUCGUCUUGCGAGGCACCACUGUAUAGUGAAAGCGAUCUUCUUUUCACACUGGCAGUUUCAUGAGUAGAUUUGUCCCCCCAUAAUGCUACUCCUGUUGGGAUCCUGGUUAUUUAGGAAAAAAGAACCAACCAUAUUAUAUUUGUAAUUUUUUGUUUCAAUUUAUACUAUUCAGGGUCUGUCAACAUCACUGAUGAAGGGAAAAGAAAAAAUAUCCAAUGGCAAGUCAUUGAUUCUAAAAUUGGAUUUGAUGAACGGAGUGGAAGUUUUGCCCUACCUGUCUAUGGAAGUCCACAGAAGCCCUAUUUCAUUCAAAAAAGAGGUGGCUCUUCAGCUGAGCUAGGAAUGCUCUAACAUGGUCUGCUCUUUGUAGUUAGGGAACCCCUAAAAGCUUGUGCCACAAUAAAUCCAUCAAGCCUUUA